AUGUGGAAUUCAAAAUCUCUCAGACUAUCAGCUGCUCAGCUCCUGUCAGCCGAAGACGCAGAGCAUCUUCUCCUGCUGCAGCUGGUAGCCACAGGGACAGCGGUGAUGGAGGACGAGGAGAGGCAAAAGAAGCUCGAGGCCGGCAAGGCAAAGCUGGCUGAGUAUCGCCAGAGAAAAGCUCACACAGACUCCCAAAAGAAACAGAAAAAGAAGAAGAAAAAGAAGCCCGAUGAGGACAACUCACAGGAGAGAGAGGGGGGUCAGUCUGUGGGAGGAGAAGACAACUCAGGUGAGGGACAAGACGCACCACAUGGAGGACACGAGGAUCCGCCGACCACAGAGUUCACCUUCACCAAAACGCUGAGGAGCGGAGAGACUGUCAAGCACGACCAGACCUACAAGAUAGAGCCGGAGAGUGAAAUUUCCACCACAGCUGAAGAUUAUUCAUCAGAGGUGAAUGGGUGCCAUGAUGAGAUGACAGAGAGCCUAAUGAUGCCUUCAAAGGAUUUUAUCUGGGAGGAGGUAGAGUCCCUGCAACAGGGGACAAAGGCCCGGACAGUACAGGACAUGGAGGAUGCACUAGCUGCCAAGUCCCAAGCUGUGGAGGAGCUGAGUCGAGAGCUGGAGGAAAUCAAGUCUGCCUUUGGCACAGAGGGAGUACAGCAGCUGCAGGACUUUGAGGCAGCUCUGAAGCAGCGCGAUGGCAUCAUCACCCAGCUGACGUCCAACCUGCAGCAGGCCCGUGAGGAGAAAGACGAGAUCAUGAAAGAAUUCCUGGCACUGACGGAGCAAAGCCAAAAACUGCAGAUCCAGUUUCAGCAGCUACAGGCAGGGGAAACGCUGAGGAACACCAGCCACAGCAGCACUGCAGCUGAUCUUCUGCAGGCCAAACAGCAGCUCGUCCAGUUCCAGCAGCAGGUGGAGAAGAUGAACGCGGAGGUCAGGAAGCACCAGGAGAGGAGCAGUGAACAGCAGGAGCACAUCGGCAGGCUCCAGCAGAGGCUCAGUGAGAUGGAGAUGUCAGGAAGAAGAUCAGAGGAAUCAUUUAGCCAAAGGAUAAAUGAGAAGGAUUUGCUGAUUUCUGAAAAAGAAACACUCAUUUUGAAUCGGGAGCAGUCACUGUCAGAGCUAAGAACUACUUUAAAAGACAAGAAUCAAUUAAUUUUAGAGCAAACUGCGAUAAUCGCAGAGCACGAGCGGUCAUUGACUUUACUCACAGAGGAACUUGGUCAUGCUGGAAAGACUACUGAUGAGAAUAUUAUACACCACUCAGAUGAUAAAGACCUCAUUAUUGCAGAGCAAGAAAGGGUCAUUUCAGAACGCGAGGGUUCCGUCACUCAGCUCGAGGAUAUGCUGGAGACCUCAGAGAAACGAUUUCACGACUUCCAGGAGCAAAUGGCUGCAAAGGAAACAGAGCUCGAAAUGUGCUUGGAUGAAUUGGAAAGCACUAAAUCUAAAUUGGUAAGCUGUAAAAGCGAGCUGGAGAGAUGCACAAUGGAGCUGGAAAGCUCCAAGGUGGAACUUGCAGCCUCCCGACAGAAAGAGAGAAUGUCGUCCAGUGAAGUCAUGCAGCUCAUGGGCACAGUAGAAGACCUGCAGAAGCGCUGUCACCAGGGCAGCACGUCCGAGAGCGACGCCAUCCAAAAACUCCAAGAAGAGUCCACGAGGAAGCUCGAAUUCCUCCAAGCAGAGCUCGAUGAGAUGUACGGGCAGCAAAUAGUGCAGAUGAAGCAAGAGCUCAACCUUCAACACGCGGUUAGAGUCCAGCAGAUGACACAGGAACACCACGCUGAGGUGGAGCUUCUUAAAGCCCAACAUCUGUCCCCAACCCCCACAAGCGGCGAAGCAGAGGUGGAAACGCUUCACACAAAGAUCAGGGAGCUUCAGGAGACCUUAGAGGAGUCUCGAGCAAUGUGUGAUGAAGCCAGGCACGAGUUGAAUCAGGUCAAACAAGAGAAGUUCAAUCUGCAGGUCAAAGUCGACGGCCUUCUUCAGGAUCUCAGUUCGGCUAAGGAAAAAGUGGAGCAGGUCUCCCGCAGUCUAAUAUCUCAGGAAAGUAAACAGAGUGAAAUUCAGCAGCUCCAGGAGACAAUUGACAAUCUGAGGAGCGAGCUGUCUGCUGCUCAGGAAACGGCGCAAGAAAAGGAGGCGAAGCACGAAUCUGAAAUAACCAAUUACAAGAUCAAGCUGGAGAUGCUGGAAAGGGAGAAAGACGCCGUGCUGGACCGCAUGGCAGAGUCGCAGGAAGCGGAGCUGGAAAGGCUGAGGACUCAGCUUCUGUUCAGCCACGAGGAAGAGCUCACCCAUCUUAGGGAAGAAUUGCAAAGGGAGAGCUUCCUCAACACGGAGAACCUUCUCAACGAAGCUGCUAUCAGACACGAUAAAGCUCUGGACGAGCUGCGUAAAAAUUAUGCUGAGGAGCUUCAACUGUUACACAAAGAGAAGGCCAGUUACGCCAUGGAGCGCGAUGAACUUAUGCACCAGAUUCUAGGGCUAAAAGAGGACCUGAAGCUGGCUUUGCACAGCUCCAAGGCAGAUGAGCUUGUGCAGCAGCUCCAGGAGCUUCAGGUGGAGCUGGAGGAACUUAGAAAGGGAGCGCAAGAGCGAGUUAAAAUGCAGACCGAAAUUCAGACGCUAGUUAAAAAGACAGAGGUGCUUGAAAACCAGGCAGGAGAAAGAGAGAAGUAUUGGGAGGACAAACAGAGAGAAAAUGGCUUAGAAAAGGAGUCUCUGAAAGAAGAGCUGGAGUCGAAAAAUGAAAAAAUCCAGACUCUCACAGGAGAGAACGGUCAAAUCCAGCUGCAGGUUGUUGAGCUUCGUGAUGAAAUCGAAAAGCAGAGGACUACUUUCUCUUUCGCCGAGAAGAAUUUCGAGGUUAACUAUCAGGAGCUGAAGGCAGAGUAUAGCUGCCUCAUUGAGUCGAAGACGCAGCUGGAGGAGAGGACGCUGAGGGAGACGCUCGAGUUCGAGGCAAAAAUUGCCAGCCUACAAUCACAGAUUCGAGUGCUGGAGGAGAGCAGCAGCAGCAGCAGUCUCCAAACAGAGGGGGCUAAAACAGACGGCAAAGCGGUGACGGAGAAGGACUCUACAGAGCUAAUGGAGAAGCUUAAUGUUACUUUGAGUGAGAAGGCGAGCCUAGAGAAACGGUUGUCUGAAGUUACAGAGAAGUGGAUGUUUUCGAAGGACAAAGCGGAAGAGCUGGAGGCAGAGCUGAUGAAGGCGCAACAAGAAACCUCAAAAGUCAUCUCCCAAAAUGAAAGCCUCGGGAAGGAGCUGGAAAAGAGGCAAGAGAUUACGAGAGAGCAAACGAGAGAGAAGGGCACCCAGAGAGAAGCUAAGCCCCAGGAAGAAGAGCAAGCGAUUGAGCCAGUUAGUUCUUUAGAGGAUCAUCUAAUUCAGAUUCAAUCUCUGCAAGAGGAGGUAAAAUCUCUCCAGUCCCUCUUACGCGCAGCUGAAACGGAGAGGGACAGCAUUCAGCAGACUCUGGAGCUCCACAGGCUGUCGCAGACUCCAUCUCCAGCCGCGCUGCACUCCUCAGGGGAGGGACCUGUUGAAGGACAUUCCUCCCCGCACAAGUCGGCAGGCUCGGGGUCGAACAGGCGCAAAAGACGGCAGAGGUCUAAGCAGGAGCGCAAAGUUGGCAGCUGUCCGUCAGACAGCCGAGAAGAAAGGCAAACGGAGGAGGAGGAGCAGGCGGCGGCGGAGGAGGAGAGGGCUCGCAGUGGUGCAGAGGAGGAGAUGCAGCCUCAGAUGCGGAGCCAGGUUAUGUCACGUUCACCAGAGCGGGCUGGUAAGGAGGACUCCACUGACGGGUACCAAGGAGACGGAGGCAGAGGCUACGCCAAGAAAGCAGUGAGCAGUCAUGGGAUGGGUGGCCCCGCAGAGCGUUUUGUGUGUCAGAAAUCAGAAGUGGAAGGACACACCACUGAGCAUGAUGAGUGCAGGCUGCGAUUGGAGGCUCAGCGCCUCAGCCUGUCUCAGAUCCACACCGCCCAAAUAGAGCUGCUGCAGGAGGAGACAAACGCCCGCUCUCUGCAAACAACAGUCCAGGACUUAAGAGGCCAAGGUGACCGGGAUGAAAGACAGAUUUUCAAGUACCAGAGCUUGGUACAGGCAGUGUCAGAGGAAUGCAGUGAGAUCAUUUUGUCUUUUAAGAGGAUUUUUGGUGAGGGGUUUUUAGAGAAAGAAGAACACGACUCAUCGCUCAUUUCAGAGAAAAAACCAGCAACUAGUGAAUCCACCUCCAUUGUUCUGGAGGCCCGAGAUCUUUACAGAAAUCUUCAAGAGGUGAGGGAGAGGAUUGAACAGGAACAUUGUCAACUUUCUCAGCUCCAAGCCCUCCUAAGAGCCGAUAGGAACAAGAUAACUGAACUGCAGGCUGCUUAUGAUGAACUGAAGAGCAGCAGUGAGAGAGAAAUGGAGACUCUGCGUGCUCAGAUUGCCUCAGUAAGCCCGUCCUCAGGCAGAGAUUCGGAGGGCCGGGCCGCUGCGUCUGCUUCCCCCGCCGUGGAUCUGCAGAGGCUGAAAGCCGAGGCUCAGGAGAAGCAGCUCCAGCUAGAGGAGAGUCACAGACAAGAGAUGGAGCGCCUCCGAGCCCACUACAGGCAACAGGCCUCGGAGACAGAGGAGCGGUACACCACCGAGCUGGUCAUGCUGCAGCAGCGUCUGCAGGAGGUCACCGGCACCGACGGCUACUACAGUCUGUCUGGUGCUUCAGAAUCCAGUUCUGUGAGGAUUGAAGAACACAGCGUGGAUCCAAAGGACCUGAGCGAGGAGGACCUGUCCGAGGGAGGCGUGGAGUCGCACCGGUCUGCGAGGUCCACAGGCCUCACGGCACAGCUGCAGGCGCUGAGAAAAGCUCUGUACCACAAGUACAUCCAAGAAGUGGCUGCUCUCAAAGAGCAGCACAGCAGUGAGCUGAGGAGACUGAGGGAGGAAGGGGAGCAAGAGAGGAGGAGACGGCAACAACUGGAAGGAAGGAGAGAGAGAGAGAGGGAUCUUAACGGUGUCAUCGGUGCUGGAAGCUCCACUGAGAGCCUCGGCUUCCUUCUGGAGGAGAAACAACAUCAAGAGAGAGUGCAGGAGGAAGUGGCCAAGGCCAUAGUCCAGAUGUCCGUGGAGUUUGCUCAACAGACUGAGCUGGCUCGAAUCAACAAGCGAUCGCGCCACACGAGCAUCUCCAUGCAGACACAGUGGGACGAGGAAGAAGCAGACGACAGAGAGACCGAGGAGCAGACUCCAAGGGCUUCCCCCACCGCGGGCGUCUGGCUGGAGGAGGUGGAGAGACUAAGGCUGGAAAGGGAGCUGGAGGAGAGGAGCGCAGAGAUCAGAACGCUGAAGGAAGAGCUGCAGAAAACUAGAUCAGGACCUGAGCAGGGCUUAAAGAGGAGAGACAGCCACGAAGGACAACUUGAGGAAGAAGGGGAUACGAGUGGUCCAACUCAGGCUGGAGGGCUCAGAUUAUCACUGCAGGAUGAUGCACAGCCUUCUGAUAAACAUGCUGAAAGAAAAUUGCUUCAGAACUUCAACAGCAGACUUUGCCAGGUGCUGGUGGACGUCCUGAAGACCACUGCUGCCGCAGAGGAAACUUUGGGCCUCCACAUGCGAAGUUUACGCGAGGCCUCUGAUGGAGGGCAGCCCCCUCCCUCCACCUCACCGACAGAAUCCCGGAGGCUAAACACAGAGCCUGUCAAACCACAUCAUGCAGGCAAUCGCCGGAGCAGCAAAACUGGUGCGGAGGGCUUGGGCGCGUGGUCAGGGGAGGCUGACGAGGAUGUGGAGAUGUGUCAGCAGAUGAUGGACAGCCUGCUGCUUGGAGCAGGGCCACUGCUGGAGAAGGAGGAAUAUUUGAUGGGUAUUAGCAGACGACUCCAGACAGCUCUGGAGAAGAUGUUGAUGGCCAUCACCGACGCCACCAACCAGCUGGAACAUGCCCGGCUGACCCAGACAGAGCUGAUGCGGGAGUCCUUCCGCCACAACCAAGAGAUAAACGAUUUGCUGAAGAAGCAGGAGGAGCUGCAGGAGCGGUUGUCGGAGGAGGCAAGAACCCGGGAGCAGCUGGCUCUGGAGCUCCACCGUGCCGAAGGUCUCAUCGAUGGCUAUACGGGGGAACGGGCUGUGCUGGAGGAGCACUUACGCCAGAAGGAAGAGCUCCAGCAGAGCCUCGAACAAGACCUGCAGGUAACAAGUAGCAGGCUGCAUGAGCUGGAGCAGGAAAGGCUUCAGAUGCAGGAGGAGCGCGAGCUGAUGACACGGCAACAAGAUGCAAUGAAGGAGGGAGCCGGGCCACGAGAACUUUGCCUAGUUGAAGCUGCAAUGGUUGCAGCACCUGAAGCAGACCUGCUGGAGGAGACGGAGAAGCUGAUGAAAGAGAAGGUGGAGGUCCAGCGGCAGGCGGAGAAAGAGAACACUGACCUCCUAAAGCAGGUGAAGCUGCUGGAGGCAAUGCUGGAGGAACAGGUCAACAGGGUGAUCGAGCUGGAGCAGGCUCAGACGACGGAGAGCGGAGACCUCCGACAGCAGGUCCACGCCCUGGAGAAACAGCUCGAUAAGAACAGGAAGUUCCUCGAUGAACAAGCUGUGGAUCGAGAACACGAGAGGGACGUCUUCCAGCAGGAGAUCCAGAAACUGGAGCAGCAGCUGAAGAGUCCACAGAAGCUUCAGAUCGGCUCGGAGCAAAGAAACCGAGAGGUGGAGCAGCUGACCUCCCAGCUGAAGGAGAAGGCGGAUUGGUGCAGUGAGCUGCUGCUCAGCUCCGAGCAGCUGCAGCGCGAGUUGAAGGAGCGCGACGAAGAGAUUGACAAGCUGGCGAGCCGCAUCCGCGAUCUGGAACAGGCCCUGCUGGCCAGCGCUGACUCCCUGGAGAAGGUAGAACAAAAGAAGCAGCAUGCAUCCAUCCCUGAGUCAAAACACUCCAUUCUGGAGGCUCAGCUACAAACCGAGAGAGAAGCUCUGGAGCGGAAAGAGAAGGAGAUUUGUAACCUGGAGGAGCAGCUGGAGCAGUUCAAAGAGGAGCUGGAGAACAAGAGCGAGGAGGUGCAGCAGCUUCACAUGCAGCUGGAGAUCCAGAGGAAGGAGAUCAGCAGCCAGCAGCAGUACCUGGAAACAAGGGACAGCAUGCUCCAGGUCAUGGAGGAGAAGGACAGGGAAAUAACACUUCUUAAUGAACAGAUCUCUAAGCUUCAACACAUGGAAACUGCUUCUGAUAACAAGGAAAUUGACAAGAGGGACGAGCUGAUCAAAGACCUGGAGUUGCAGGUAGAGUGCCUGCAGGGGGAACAAGAGCGCUUAAAGAGAAAUAAAGAGGAAGAACUCGACCAACUGAAUGCGGUGAUAGAAAAGCUUCAACAGGAGCUCGCCAACAUUGAGCAGAAACAGGCGGCAGAGGAAGACGAGGACACCAGGGGUGAGACAGAGAGCAGCACCUGGGGGCCGAGCACAGAGGAAUACACUGAAAUGAAGCAGAAGAUGGAACUGUCCAACAAAGAGAUUCAGAUGCUAAAAGCUGAGCACAGUAAGCUUUUGCAGACAUACCUGCACCUAAAAGAGAGUACAGAAGCUCUAGCUGAAGCAGAGAAGCUGGACAGCUCAGAGGGGGAGCUGGAGGAAGCCCUCAGGGAGACAACCGCCGGCGUUGUGGUGUUCCAGGCACAAGUACGAGCCCUGGAGCAGAGCGCAGCGUCCAGAGUGGAGGAGUUAAGUCUCCGUAUCCAGGAGCUGGAGGACUUGGUCGGGGAGAAAGACUCGGAGAUAAGCCGCUGUCAGCUCCUCGCGGAGCAAACUAAAAGCCAUGCAGAUGAUCUCCAACGAAGGGUCACUAAUCUGGAGGAAAAUCUGAGGGAGAAAGUAGCUGCAGCAUUGGUCAGCCAGGCCACACUGGAGGCCUUCCAGCAGCAGCAGCAGCAGCCCAUGGGAUCAAACCAGGAGCUGCAAAGACAUAUGGAGCCGCAUGGUUAUGACUUUGGCGACUUCGCUAUCCCUCAGGUGGAUUUCAGCAAAAUGAGUCACGCAAAACAAGUGCCCACGGGAAGAGUGGUUCAUCUAACGCAGAAGCUCCGGGACCUGGAGGUCGGACUCAGUGGCAUGCAGAAAGACCAGGAGCUCCAGAAGCAGCUGCUGUCCAGCUCCGAAGAGGAGGUGCUGGAGUAUGAGAGGAGGCUGGCUGUGCUGGUGGAUCUGCUCAGUCAGAUGAAGGCGAAGACACACCAGAAGGCACCAUCAUCAGUGGAGGCAUCGUCUGAUGAGCAGCCGGCCGUGUCGGAGCUCCUUCAGGAGCUACAGGAGGUCAGAGAUGAGGCCGCGGCCACCAAAGAGCAACUUACCAGCUACAAGGAGAGCUGCAGCAGACUGGAGGAGGAACUUAGAGAACAAACUUUAACAGUCGAGAGGCUCCAAGACCAGCUCAAAAAAGUAUCAUCAAGUGGCCAUGAGGAGACAAAGGUGUCUGCGCUCGAAGAGGAACUGAUGGAGGCUCAAAGUGAAGCAGCAGCCACCAAAGAGGAGCUGAACAGCUGCAAAGAAAGUUUGGAGAAACUUCAGGAGCUGCUGCAGGAACGGGAAAUGACCAUCGCCCAGCUGAAAACAGAACUUUUCCAAGUAAAAGCCGCAGAGGACGGAGCUGAAAUCUCGGAGCUUCUCCAGGAACUCGAAGGCGUUAAAAGCAGUGCAGCUUCCACCAAAGAGGAGCUCAACAGCUAUCAGGAGCAAAAUGAGAAACUUCUAAAGGAACUCCAAGUCAGCGAAGCUUCUAUUUCUAAACUCAAAGACGAACUGCAGGAGAUGAGAAGGACUGUCGAUACCACCAAAGAAGAACUCAACAGCUACAGGCAGGACAAUGAGAAACUUCUCAAGGAACUUGAAACACGUGAACUCUCUGUUACAAAGCUCCAGGAGGAGCUCCAGGAGGUGCAAACAGCAAUGAUGAAGGCAGCAGAGUCUGGUCCUCCGUCACUCGCUCCAUCACCUUCUCCCCAGCCUACUUCCUCUGCUUCCUCUUCGUCCACCACACAGCCCAAAAGGAAGGGAACCAAGCAGGCGACUGUGAAGGGAAGCGUUGCCAAAGAUAAGCCCUCCGUCACCAAGAAAAACUCUGACCCCUCCAGCCAGUCCAAGUCUCACCGUUCUCGGCCGCACAGCAGCCUUGAGCAGCAUCACGUGGCCGUGACAGACUCCUUCACACAAACCAAACCCCCCCAGACGCCCGAUCUCAGUCCAGAAACCAAGUCUGCCGCCAAAGAGGAGAUGGACGAAGUGAUCGGAGAGUUCCGGGAGAAGAUCGCACAGAUGCAGGAGCUGCACGCGGCCGAAAUCCUGGACAUGGAGGCCCGGCACAUUGCAGAGAGCGACGGCCUUCGCAGGGAAGCACAGGCACUGGAGGACGAGUGCAAAGCCUUGAAAGCCGUCAUUGACAAACUGCGCUCCACUGAGGCUCUUACUUCAAGACAAGAACGCCCGACUCCACAGUUCAAAGAUGGCUACACUAGUGACAGCAGCUCAGACUACAGCCAGAGGACUGGAUAUGACCAGCCGAGCCUGCAGCAGGAGUUCCGCACCACUCCAGAGGGAGCCAGGAGAGAAACUGAUGACCCACUUCCCGACCGGAUCAAGACGUUGCUUCGUGAGGUGCACCAGGAGGGCAUGCAGGUCCUCUCUCUGUCUGAGCUGCCCAUAACUGAGAGCGAACCCGGCGGCCGGUUCCCCGACGAGGGCUGGAUGAAGGAGAGAGACGCCCUGCUGGCAACCGUAGAGUCUCUGAAAGGGCUCAUCACCCAGAUGCAGACAUACGGGCAAACCCAGAUGUCGGGCGUCACAGACUGGCGCGCAGAUCUGCUGGACGCCGUGCGACAGGUGUUCGUGAGGGAGAGGAGCGUGCUGAAGAGCGCCCUCUACAGCCAGCUGGACCUGCUGGACACCAGCGACGCCAUCGUUCACCUCAAUCAGCUGGAGCGCCGACUGGCUGAACAGGACGCCCAGCACAGAGAGGCCAUGGGCUCACUCCACACUGCAGAAAGGUCCAGCCUCAUCUCUGAAAUUCACCAGCUCCGUAGCCGGUUAGAACAACUUCAGCAAGGCGCACAGCCUGGCCUCUCGUUGGCUGGUGAACGCGGUAAGAGGGAGCAGAGGGAUCAGAGGGAGGGAGGUGGAGCUGGUGGAGCAGCAGAGCCCCACAGGCUGCUGGAGGAGGAGCUGAAGGGGGAACUGUCUCAGACUAAACUAGAGCUGGAGACAACGCUCAAGACCCAUCACAAACACCUGAAAGAGCUGGACACGCUCAGGGCAGAGAUUUCCCAGAAAGCUGCAGAGGUGGACGCCCUAACUGAGCAGCUGAUGGAGGAGAAGAAGAGAAGCAGAGAUCUUCAGUGGGCAGUGGAAAAAGAGAGGUGUCAAACCGGGAGAAAGGAGGAGAGUAAACGAGAGGAGCUGGAGGACCUGCACCUGACCGUGGAGGAGCAGAAGAGCCGCAUAGCCCAGCUGAGCCAGACCCUGGAGGAGGAGCGGCUGGCCACCUCCCAGCUCUCCCAGCAGGCCGAGCAGGAGCACCUCGGCCUCCACAGACGCCUCCAGGAGCUCCAGGUCCAGCUGGACACCGAGCAGGCUAAGGCUCGAGAGAUGAGCGCGGCACUGGGGAGGGAGAGAGAGCUCCGGACGGGCGUCCCCUCCGACGAGGGGCGGGGCCACGUGGACGGGGCUGGACACGAGGAUGAGAGCGGUCUGCUGGAGCGGCUGCAGAGGGAGCUGGAUGACAAGCACGCACAGGUGGUGCGUCUCCUCAGUGAGGUGGAGGCCCAGAGGCUGGAGGUGGUUCGACGGGAAGAGGAGCAGACGCUGGCCAAUCAGAGAUCAAGACGAGAGCAGGAGGCGCUGCUGGAGGCCCGGGCUCAGCUGGAGAAGCUGCAGGCAGGAGCCUCCGUGGUCCAGGAGCAGCUGGAGAAGGAGGUGACGAGGAGGAGGACUCUGGAGGGAGAGAAGGAGAGACUGGAGGAGAGGCUGAAGCAGUUUGGAAAAGAUGGAAGCAGUCAUCCACAGCCUGACGAGCAGAAUCCGGCCGUGUGGCGUGGCUCCUCCAGUGACCGCACCAAAGACUGGGUCUUCCAGCAGAAGGGUGGAGACGGGGAGCCGGUGGGCUCUGGCCCGCCUCCCCUCGGGGCCCCCCCGGCAGGCCACAGCAGCGGGCCCCAUCACGGCCCCUGGCGCACAGUGGACAACAUCGUGGGCAAACUCUACCUUAUUUCUUCAAAAAUCCGCAGCAUGGCCACCAAAACAUCCGGCAGCCAGACUGCAGAGGUUGACUGUGAGGAGUUGUCAUGGGUCCAGUCCAGUGUUGAUGAGGUCAUCACCAUGCUGCAGCAGUCCCCAGGUCUCCCCUCCCUCCCAGAGAGCGCGUCCCUGCUGGCGGGAGGCUCCUCCGGCUCCUCCCACACGCUGACCGAGCGGCUGCUGAGGCAGAACGCCGAGCUGACCGGCUUCGUCAGGCGCCUGACCGAAGAGAAGAACGAUCUGAGGAACCACACGCUGCGAUUGGAAGAUGAGCUCAGACGUCAUCGGCAGGCUGGCCCCGGAUCAGGAGACAGCUCCGGCUGGAGAGGCGGGUCCAAGGCCGACUCGGCAGGUCUGCUGCUCUCUCAGGAGCGGGAAGCUUGGAACCGAGAGCGGGUCCGGCUGGAGAAGGCUCUGCACCUGGCCCAGUCCCAGGUGGCCCGACUCAGGACUGAGAUCAGGUCCGACACGCUUCGAGAGAUAACCGGGCCGGAGGCAGACAAUGCUGCUCUGAAGAGGAUGUAUGGGAAGUACCUGAGGUCAGAGAGCUUUCGCAAAGCCCUCAUCUACCAGAAGAAGUACCUGCUGCUACUGCUGGGCGGCUUCCAGGAGUGCGAGGAGGCCACGCUGUCCCUGCUGUCCAGGAUGGGCGGCCGGCCUCUGCUCUCUGGCCUGGAGUCCCCCGGUCAGCGCCACCGGGGGCUGAUGCGUUUCCGCUCGGCCGUGCGGGUCUCCAUCGCCCUCUCCAGAAUGCGUUUCCUGGUGAAGCGGUGGCACCGGGCGGCGGGGAUGACCGCCACCACGUCCUGCGGCGCCGGCAAGAACGGAACAGGUGUGGAGGCCCGGGACUCGCCCUUCCUUCAGCCCGGCGGCCUGGAGGCGUACCGGGACAGAGGGGCGGGCGGGGUGACCGGCGGCAGGGGGAGAAGUGGACGCGAAUCCCCUCGAUCGGGCGUCUCCUCCACGCCUCACAGGUUUCCCAUGGCCGCAGAGCACGGGGCUCUCACCUGCUCCCACCUGCAGAGCUACGACCCCGACCGGGCGCUGACCGACUACAUCUCCAGACUGGAGGCCCUGCAGAGGCGGCUGGGCAGCGUGACCUCAGGUGCUUCUUCAUACGCUCAAUUGCACUUUGGCUUGAGAAGAUAG